CUACAACUGAGAGUUUGCGCCAUGCCUGAGCCAGCUAAGUCCGCCCCCGCGCCCAAGAAGGGCUCCAAGAAAGCCGUCACCAAGACGCAGAAGAAAGGUGACAAGAAACGUAAGAAGAGCCGCAAGGAGAGCUACUCGAUCUACGUGUACAAGGUGCUGAAGCAGGUGCACCCCGACACGGGCAUCUCGUCGAAGGCCAUGGGCAUCAUGAACUCCUUCGUCAACGACAUCUUCGAGCGCAUCGCCGGGGAGGCCUCUCGCCUGGCGCACUACAACAAGCGCUCUACUAUCACCUCGCGGGAGAUCCAGACGGCAGUGCGGCUGCUGCUGCCCGGCGAGCUGGCCAAGCACGCAGUCUCCGAGGGCACCAAGGCUGUCACCAAGUACACCAGCUCCAAGUAGAGCGUCUGGGAUCGUCCGUUUUUAACCCAAAGGCUCUUUUAAGAGCCACCUAAUCCUUCAAGUGGAAGGGCUGAAUUGCUGAUUUUUCGGGAGGUAUGUAACUCCGCUGUUUGAUUAGGUGUACCGGGAGAAUUUUCAGAUAAGAGCCUAUAAUUAGCAUAAAGUUUUUUGUGGUUAAAACUAAAAAACGCUAAUAAUGGCUCAGGUCUUAAGCGUGGUUUAAAAGAAGAGCAAUUUUUUCAUUCCAGAACUUUGAAUGCCUGGGGUAUGGGGAAUAGAACAUGAUUAAAGAAUGUGAUUAUCUUUUAUUCUAGGUGCUAAAACUAAUCCUGUGGGAAAUCCCAGGUGCCAUGCGGAACUCGUGCACACUUUGUAAAAUCAUUGUAAAUAAAUAUUUUUUAAAUCA